AUGUCAGGAUCUCGGAUCUCAUCUCUAGUUCUCUCAAGGCCUUCAGUUUCGGGCCAAAUCCUGCCGAUUGGAAGCGCCCGUGUCGAUUUGCCAUCGGGGGAAGCGGCCAACAUUUUCGGCCCGGUUUUCCCUCCGAGUGGUUGGGUUUUCUUGAAUUUUUGAAUAUUGAGGGUUUUUUUAGACGAGGAAAUCACCCGGUUGAUUCGUACCCGUGUCAGGACGCACUUCGCGAAUGACGGCAAAAUCGAGCUUGAUGGGUUAGUUUCAAGGGAUUUUAUUCGUGAAUAUUGCGUUUUUUUAAAAGAAGUUUGAAUAAAAGUUAUUGCACUUGUAAACUUGAAAAAACAUAUCUGAAAGUUGAUUCCAAGGGUGGUAAUACUCAGAAACUCCAGAGUGAUCCCUAUAGGGGCAAAUCUUUAGUUCAAUCCACUUUACCAACCCCUAUAAGGGCCACUAUAGCUUGCAAAAGGGGUCCCUAUAGAGGACAUGUUAGUCGAUAAUUUUUAUGAGCUCUAUUCGAAGAAGCAUUUCCAUACAAAUAAUUAAAGAAAUAACGUUUUUGAAUGGAAUUGAACGACCCCUAUAGGGACCACUUGAGCUUUAGCGGCUAAGAGGUCAUGCCCCAAAACCCAACAUGGGACAACUUAAUUUUACCCCUAUGGGGACCACUUUUUCGGCCCCUACAGGGUUUCCCCGCCCCCUUCUCACCCCUAGAAAGAUUUUCCCAAGUAAUUUCGGUGUUUCCUGUUCAAGAGUACUAGCUUGAGACUGGGUUUUUCGAAAAUAAAAUGCCGAAUUAGGAAUUAUUCGAUUUCUCGAACCGGAAACUCAAAUUGGCUCUGAAAACGCUUGAAACAGGGCCCGGAAAAGUAAAACGAUCGUUUUGAGCCGAGAAAAAAAUUUUUUUAAAAGAAAUAUUAAUAAUAAGAAUACUCCAUUUCUGAUAAGUCUAUUAUAACCUCUUCAGAUUCGUUCUGUUCUACGCGGUGGUGAUUGAUCAAGGGUCGACCCUGAUCUACACGGUCGUCGGCGAGCCGGGCCUCUCGCGCGACAACGCGAAUCGCUUUUUGGAGGCCAGCGCGAGGGUUCGUCGAUAUUUUUCGUGUUCAUGGGGUCCACUUGAGCUUUAGGGGCUGAGGGGUCAGACCCCAAAUCCCUCUAGGGAACACCUUAAUUUUGCCCCUAUAAGGAUCAGUUUUUCGGUCCCGACAGGGCUUUUAUUUGUAUUUUUCUUUUCUAUUAUAGAGAAAAUAGAGAAAAUCAUGAUUUUCACAGAAACCACUACAUGUAAGGGAUCAGCCGCUUUGGAUUUAUCAUUUUUCAAAAGGCUUUUUCGUGAAAUUUGUUCGAUUUUUUUGUAAAUUUGGGAUGUUGAGUUUUGAGAAAGUGGACAGUUUGAUAUGUACUAGGAAAGAGACGAAGGAAUUCAUGAAAUUUGAACUUUUCUAGUUAUUUUUUUGAUUUGGACAUUUACACUCUGAAAGAAAAUCAUAGGAAAAAAACUCAUAAAAUUAUAAUAAAACUUAUAAAAAAAUUAUAUUCGGCUGGAAAUUUAUCGAUUUUUUUGAUGGUCUUAGAAAACUUUAGCGUGGCCCCCUAUAGGGGUAAACUUAUGUGCUCUUGGAGGGUCCCCUCUAGGGGCUAAUGAAGCUUGCAAAACUGGUCCCUAUAGGGGUUUUAGUUAGUGACUCCUAUAGGGGACAUGCUAGUCGAUAUAUUUACACUCAUAGGGACCGCUUUUUUUCGGCCCCCUUAGGGGCCACUCCUAGGUGAUAUAAAGUACUUCAAUGUUUCAGGUCAUCACCUCGUCAACCCAACUCUCCAUGCUCUUGAAUGAAGCUGGCGAAUACGAACUUCAGCCCCAAAUUCAGCCGAUUUUCCUUCAAUCCAUUGUUGGUUUUAGAAAAAAAAAAUGAUAUUAUGUGAUUUUUAAUAAAUUUUUUUCUCGCUCUACUUUUGAAAGAUUUUCAACUUCUAAAACCAUAUUUUUCUGAAAAAAAGAUGUUUCUUGUCAUUCUGUACAAAAAUUUCAGUUUUUUUACCAAUAAAUUCAUUUUUUUCUUCUCAAUAUCAGUAUGAAGUUCUUACAAUUCUUCAUCUUCCCUCUGACUUUUUUUGAAUUUCAGAAAGAGCACAACUCCCGCGCCGCCGCCCCGCAAGACUCCCGCAUCACUGCCCUUCGAGCUCAAGUCAAUGACGUUCGAUCGGUGAGAAAUGAAGAUAUUGGAAGAAAUGAAGGAUGGAAUACGUUUCAGAAAACUGUUAAUUAUAGUUUCUAAUAAUUCACAGCCGUUCAUCUUACAUUUGUUGACGCAAAAUCCACAGAACCUUGAAAUCCUGGAUGCUAAGAAAAACAAACAGAAAAAAAUUUUUAUGCAUAAAAAUGACUAAAAAAAUAGAUAUUUUUCCGGUCAAAAAAACUGGGAAAAACAAAACAUUUUUUUCUAACAACUUUUGUUGUUUCGACGCGUGCGACCGCGAUGCGAUCGACAACCUGCACAUCUAACUUUUUGCCGCCAAAUUCAAAAAAAAUUGAUUUUUUGCAAUUUUAAACAUUAGUUUUGAGUUUAAAAGUGAUACAACGGAAAAAAUUUGAAUAAAUUGGGGGUCAAUCUGCAUUUUUCGUUUUCUGAGCGCCUGAAACAACGUUUUUACCAUCACUUUUUGAAUUUUCGAGUUUUCCGCGCAAGAAAUUCACGUUUUUAAAGAACGGAAAAGGAAAAGAUAUCGUAAAAACAACCUUUUGCUGUACGAAACUGCUAAAAAGACAGUAAAAACAAUGGUCUUGAAGCGAAAAUGCUCACUUUUGACCUGAUUGGAUAUACGAAGGAAUUCAGGGUCCGCAAAUAUUCGUGAGCGUGAAUUUUAGGCGGUCGAAGCACAAAAUCCUCACAAUAAAACAACAAACGGUAAAAAAAACGAUGAAAAACCAAAAAAGAGGUGAAUAUUCCUAUAGUCUGUUCAGAUUUUGAAUGUCAAGUCGCUUCUAAAGCUCCGCCCCUAAUGGCCCGAUAAGCCAAUCAGAAAGCGAGCCAUCCAAAGAGUGUUUUUGAAUGACGCCAUCGAAAAUUCCAGUCGGCAAGCUUCAAAUCAACGGCCCGACGUGUUCAGCGCCAUUUUUGACAUUAAAAGUCUGGACAGAUUAUAAAUUCCGAAGAAUCAUUUUCCAAGAUUCAAAUUUUCAAAGAUCCCCGAGGUGGUGUAUGCACAAUUCACGCUCACGAAUAUUCGCGGACCCAAAAUUUUUUCUUACCAUUGGAUACGGUAUUUUUGGCGGAAAGAAAAACGUGACCAGCUGGCUACAUAUUACGUUGUGAAUUUCAGGUGAUGGCCGACAAUGUGGAGCGGAUAAUGGAACGGGGCGAGCGGCUGGAUAAUAUGGCCCUCCGGUCCGAGGAACUUCAAGCUACGGUUUGUUUGAAUUAGAAACACUAGAAAAAUCCGCGACAGCUUGUCAAGAUUUUCGUUUUUCUCUGCGCUACAGAACCCUUCCCUUCGAAGCGCGCGAUAAUUAUAUCUGCAUGCGCCUUUAAUACAACGGAAAUUAUAGGCCAAAAAGGCCCCCAUUUUGUAUGCCGGAUUUGCAAUCAGAAUGAAGACUUCAUUGUAGUUCUUCACGUCACCGUAAAUUUAGAACUUUUCCGACAUCAUUUACGUAUGAAACAAUCGAAAAUUCCAGUCGGCAAGCUUCAAAUCAACGGCCCGACGUGUUCAGCGCCAUUUUUGCCACCAAAACGCCAAAUGGACGAUCAUCUCCGUCGCGAUUCUGUUGGCCCUGACGACGUUGAUCACUCUCCUCAUCCUCCAUCACAACAACGUCAUCUGA